UCCAUCUUGUGCAUACCGGCUGUUUCCUCCCUCCCUCUUUCUCCCAGUCUGCAUACUGUAGUCCUGCUGUGCGGUCCUCUCAGCCCUCUGUUGCAGCACCAAAAGGGAGGAGGAGCCACCAGCACAACACACACGCAUACUCCCACCGACACACACGCACUCUCCUAUCAUCUCUUCUGCACGCUCGCUGUAAUCACCAGCCAGGCCCAUUUGGAGCAGGGGAGCUCAGCCGUCUCGUCGCCCAAGAUGGAUGUAUUCAUGAAAGGGUUCUCCAUGGCCAAGGAGGGAGUGGUGGCCGCUGCAGAGAAGACCAAAGCCGGCAUGGAAGAGGCAGCAGCCAAGACCAAGGAAGGGGUGAUGUAUGUAGGCAGUAAGACAAAGGAGGGAAUGGCGGCAUCAGUAAACACAGUGUCCAACAGGACCGUGGAUCAGGCCAACAUCGUCGGAGAUGCAGCGGUUGCCGGGGCCAAUGAAGUGUCACAGGCAUCCGUGGAGGGGGUCGAGAACGUCGCCGCGUCGACCGGGAUGGUCAACCAGGAGGAGCCUGUAUACGAGGGAGAAUAUGGAGGAAUGGAGCAGGGUGGGGAAGGAGGAGAGGGGUAUUAGUCGUCUGCAGGACCUUCCCUUCCGUGCUCUUCGGCGUCCCCUCGCUCCCCUCGCCUCGCUGUACCAGACUUCAGAUGUUCAACUUAUUUUUUUGUGACUUUACAGAACCAAAAUCAACUAAAACAGACUCUUCCGGAUGCCGCACCUAUGCCCCUAUCUCCCCCUCUGUGAUCUCCGUGAUGCCUCUCCCUCAGCAGCUCUCUGCCACCUGUCCUCACGCUGUCUCCUCUCUGAUUUCCUGCAGCCUGUAGCUUUUCCUCCACUGCCCGUCUUACCCUCGCCUCACCUGUGUGUUAGUGCCGUCCUGAUAUGGACCCUGGUGUUG